AUGAUACUGGCGCGAUCAACACAUCACGAGCACCUUCUACGGUCUUUUUGGCACCAUUGCAUCACGCUAGGUGCAAAUUUUACUGAAACCUCCAUGACUACCGCGAUCUAUGGAUUGAUAUUACUCGCAACGGUCUGCUCGUCAUACAAGAUCGUAUUGUUCGCGCCGGACAUAUCAAACAGUCAAGUGGGAUGGAAUAAACGAGUAUCAGAAUCACUAGCCAGGGCUGGCCACGAUGUCACCGUUGUUCUGGUCCAGACCAUUGAUGAUCCUGACAAGGAUAUCAGCUUCGGCUCUGAAGUCAAAAUGGUACCAAUCAAUGCUUCAUCAGGUUUCUCCAAGAAAGAAUUUGAAGGAUUCAUGAGGGAUAGCGUGUUCGGCGAUCUGCCUUUGUGGGAUUCAAGACACCGAACCCAUAUGGAAAAAUUUAUGGGCUCCUUAAUUGAAGGCUGCAAACUAACUGUGCAGAAUAAGAAGUUCAUGAAGUGGCUCACUGACGAAAAAUUCGACAUCGCAUUCGCCCACAUGUAUCACACCUGCCCAAUUGCGCUGAUUCAUGCGGCAAAGAUUCCCACAUGGAUAUGGUUACUCAGGUAA